AUGGAGAAUGAGAUUUCAUUGUACCCAACAAUAGGAGAAUAUUAUGAAUACAAUAUAUAUGAGCUUGUAUAUGAAGACGCAUAUGUUUUAUAUUAAUAAGAAGAAUAAAAUCAUGAUUUGAAAUAAAUUAAUAACAUAAUUGAUAAUAAUUAUCAAUUAAAAUGGAUAAGUCAUCCUAAUAUUGAAAAUAUAUAAAUUAAGAACUAAUUUUAAGAAAUUGACUUAAUAUUUGGAGAUUGUAUUAUAUAUAUGUAUGAUUAUAGAAUUUAAAUCCUUAUCAUCAAAUAAUACUCAUUUUGCUGGUCUCACAUUUGAAAAUGAAAUAAAAAUUUAUAAUUGGGAGAAUUAAGUAAUGAGAUAAAUUGGAUAAUCAUUAAAUAUAGAUAAUUAAUUUAAUUGUUUUAAUAUAGAUAUAUCAAGUAAUAAUAGAAUUUUAUUUGAUUGUUAUUAAAAUGAAUAGUUAUAUUUAAUGAAUUUAAGUGAUUCAUAAUAUAAUAUUGUGUAUUCAAAUAAUUCAUCUAUGCCUAUUAAAACUAAAUUAUAAUCUAUAGUUAAUGGUACUAAUAUAUAUAUAAUAUAUGCUUAAUAUUAUUAGAAUAACUCUAUUCUAUCAUUAUUUUCAAAUAAAUAUGAAAAUUUAACUUGCUGGAACAACAACUUUUUAGAUUUUAAUAUCCCAAUUAAAAUAGAUCCUUAUAUUUAUGUACUUACUUAAUAACAAAUCUUAUAAUUUUCUAUUUCAUCUAAUUACACUUUUGAACUCUAAUAUAAUUUUACUCAAGAUAAUAUUACUAAUUUUAUUACCAUUCACAGUUAUUACAAUUAUUUUACUUAUUCAUAAUGUGAUCAAAUAUUUGUAUAAUCAGAAUUUGAAGAAUCUUUUACGAUAAUCUCUUUAUGGGGAUGUGAAAAAUAAAUAAUCCUAUAGAAUAAUUAUAAUCAAUAUUAAUUUGAUUAAUCAAUAUAGACGAUACUCUAGAAUAACUAGUUUAUAAUAUUUUAAUAAAAUCAUUAAAUAAUUCUUUAUUAAUAGACAAAAUCAGCAGUCUUUUAAUAUAAUCAUAUAAUAUAAACAAAUUCCUUAUUAUAUUUUAAUGCUGAUAAUGAAUUAUUUUCAUUUAACUAAGUUAUCAAUACUUAUAAAAUAUAAAAUCCAUCUUUAUUAAUCAACUUAACUAACCUAUAAGUUGCAGGACAAAAUGACAAUUUUUCUAUUAGGUGUUUUAGUUAAAAUAUAUUAAAAAACUAAAAUCUUAUAAAAAUUAAUCUUUAAAUAUUGCCAAAGAAUGAUACUAAUAUUUAUGUAAUGUUUUAAUAGAAUUCUCCUUAAUACUAAUAUACAAUGCUGAAAAAAAUUACAAUAAAUUUUAUUAGUUUCUCAGGAAAACUAUUAUAAUAUUCUCAAAAUAAUGAUACAAAUUAUUUUAAUUUUGAAUAAGCAACUUAUAACAAUAUUAGUAAAAUGAUUAAUAAAGACUUUUAUUUAGUCUAAUAAUUGUAAACAAUCUAAAAUUUUAAUGAAACCUUAUUGUUUUUAAUUGGAUAUAAGAAUUAAUAAGUCUAUAUUUACAAUUGCUCUUAUAUUAAAGAUUUCCUCUAAUAUACUACAUUUAAUAAUAUCUCAAUUACUAUAAAAGCAAAUUAACUUUAAGUUGCUUAUAGCAUAUACCCUGAAAUAAUAAUAAUAGGUCUAAGUAACAAUUAGACAAUAUGUUUAAUUUAAUAACAAUAUGAUGAUAACAAGACUUUUACUUAAUCAAAUACAACUUUUGAAUCAGAGAUCUUAGAAUUUUUAGUUACUUAUAAUAAUAUUAUAAUUUUAUUUAAUAAUUAAGAAAUUUAGAUAAUGACAUUGGAUUUUUAAAAUAUCUUUACCUUAAAUUAAACAAAUAUAAAUAAAUAUUUUAACAUUGAAUUCAAUCCAAUAUAGAUUAUUGUUAAUACACAAUUAUUAUCUUCAUUUUUAUACAUUAAUAAUAUCCAAAAUAUUAUCAUAGUCUCAAUAUAAUAAAAUAGCUUACCUAUUCCAAUUUCAUUGAUAUAGGUGAAUUUUACAAUCUAUAAAAUCAAUUUAGUAAACUAAUAAUUGAUUUUAUCAUAUCUUUGUUACCAAAAUCAGUCUAUUUGUUUUCAAGUUUGGAAUGUUGAAAAUAUACCAUAAUAUUAUUAUGAGAAGAAUUUAUGUGAAGUUGAUAAUAAUGAUCAAAUAAGAAUUUCAUCAGAUAAUUUGUUCUUUUAUGUUACUUUUGCUGAUAAUUCUGUUUAUAUUUAUAAUCCUUCAUUACCAUAUCAUAUGAGUUUAUAUUAUUAAUUAAACUAAAGUUUUUAAAGUACUCUUGCUAUUUAAAAUUAGAAAUCAUUCUUAUUUGAUUAUUCAAUCAUAUUUUAAUAAAAAGCUUUUUAUUAACUUGUUUAACUUUAAACUAUUACAAUAUAACCUAAUUAAGGGAUUUCUAAAUUUAAUUUUAGUUACCCAUAAGUUAUUUAUAAUUAUAAUGUAACUUCUGUAUUAAACAAUUCAACCAAUUAAUCAACUCCUAAUUAAAGUAUUACUCUCUUAUCAGAUUUUAUUUAAUUUUAGAACAAAACAAUUACCAUUAAUUUAACAAAAGAAGAUUAAGAUAAUAGAAAUCAUCAUUUUUCAUAUCCGUUGAACCUAAUUGUAGAUAGAUAAUACACCAAUUGCACAAUAAAUGAUCUAUCUCAUUUAACAAUUAUAGAUAAUAAAUUUAUUAAUAAAUUGUUAACUUAAGGUUGCUUAUAAUUAGGAUAUAACAAUAUUUAUAAUAAAAAUAUAUAUGAUGCAAUAUUUAGCAAAAAUUCUUUAAUAACUUCAAUAAAUAACUAAUUUAUUAUUUUACAGAGUAACACUUCAAUUAAUAUUUUGAAUAGUAGCUUAACAGAAAUUAACUAUUAACAACUAACUUUUAGUUAUUGUCUAGCCUCCACAUCAUAUAAUGACACAUACUAUUCAAUUUGUGAAAAGAACACAUCAUAAUAUUUGAUUAUAUUGACAUUAAAUUAAUCAGGAUCUAUAGUAAAUCCUAAUACUUCAAAAUAACUUCCCAAUAUAUUCUCAAAGAUUAUCAAAAUUAGGUGUGUCCUAGACCAAAUUUUUAUUCUAGGUAGCUUUAAUAAUUAAACCGAAUUCUUGUAUUGGUUUAACCAAAUUAAUAACACUUUUAUACAAUUAACUUAAGAAAUUAACCAUAAUUUUGAUAAUAAAUAUUAUUGUUAAGAUUUCUCUGCUGCCUUAUUUUAAUAAACUCAUAAUUAAGAAUACACUAUAAUAAUUUUUUAAAUAAUAAGAUAUCAAGUCUUUUAUCAAAUAAUAGAAGUUGAAGGAGAAAAUGUAAGAAUAAACCCUCUUAUUUAUGUGAUAAUACAUUAUUGUAAUUUUUAAUAUAGUUGCUUUUAAUUGGAUAAAUUUAAAUACAUUCUAAUUAUAAAUUUAAUUGGGAAAAAUGUAAUAAUCUUUUUGACUGAUAAAUACAAUUUUAGUUACUUUAUCAGAGUUAUAAUAAAUCCUAACAAUAUACAUUCUUCUAAUUACGCAGCUAAUGUUAUAAGAACAAUACCAAAUUAUUACAACUAUGUUUGCACUGGUAAUUCGUUUUACUAUGAUGGCGUUCUGAUGUAAUAAUUUACUAAUGGUUUAAAAUAUGUUACAGGAAUGUAUUAUUUAGAAAAAUUAGGUAGUCAAAGUAUAAAUGAACCAAUAUUGAUGUAAGGUUCCUUUUUUUCAUAACUAAAACAAUAUGCUAUGAUUGUAAAUGAACAAUAUCCUAGUGGCAUUGCUUUAUCUCUAAAAUAUAGCAAAUCUGAGUAAGCUGUAUCUCCUUAGGUCAUUACGUUUAGUACUACCAAUAUAACCUGUAAUUUGAAAAGAAAAACACUAUAAUUCAAUGUCAAUAUUAGUUGUUCAAAUAAUUUUAGCAGUGGCACUUAUGAUAUUACAUUUAAUCUCUACUAAUAACCCUCUUAAAGAAGAGGAUGGAUAUAUGCCCUUCUAAUACUAAUUUCUUUGCUACUAUUUUAUUUUUACUAUAAAGUUAAAACCAAGAGUAGAGAUUAUAAUAUUAAUUUAGAAAUUGAAUUAUGA